AUGACUCCAGACGCCAUCGAGGCGCUGUUCAGGCGCACCGAGGGCAGCAGCGUCACGCCGCAGAGUGUGGAUGCUGACGAGGACGAGGAAGUGAGCAUCACGGCCCAGGAGCGCGAGUACAGAACCGGCAAGCUGAGGGAAGUGCUGCUGGAUGCUCAGACGGCAUGGGUGUCUGGCUCGGAAGAGAUCGAUGCCAUUGCUGAGAAGCUUGGGGAUGGGAGCAGAGAUCGCUUCUUUCUCAGCAUUAUUGCCAACCAGGAUCUCAGGUUACCUUUGAAGAUUCACACAUUACGGCUGAUUGGAAACUCUUGUGCUGAUACCGAUCAGAAUCGUGCCCUCGUUCUAAAUGCAAAUCGUUUGAGAGAUAUCAUCAACCUGCUCGCGGAUGAUUCAAUAUUGGCUUUUGUGAUACCCGUUUUAUACAACAUCUUAGUCGACUAUGAGCCCGCUCAACUGCGAGCAUGUCAGGCUGGACUCAGCAACGAGCUGAUUGGCAUCCUGUCUGGCCCACGCCUCGAGAAUUGCAGAGCCUUCAUCAACAUUAUCUGCAAGAUCCUUGCGCUUAUGAUCACCCAAGAGCCAGAACCAAAACUGGCGAGCCCUGCCACUCCUAUAGUCCUUUUAAGAGUGGCUGCCGAUUACAGGUCGCCGGUUGACCUGGAAGAUUAUAGCUUACUGGCCUCAGUGGCUCUGUCCUACCUCGCGCAUGAGGACUUCCAGUCAUACCUCCUCACUACGGAGGGACCAUGGCUGGUACUGAAUGUCUUUGCCGAGUCGUAUACUCGGUUUGGUGAUUUGGCCUCUACUCUUGAUCCCGAGGAAGCGGCACAGCUCAGAACGACACAGAAUGCCUUCGUGCAGGUCCUGUCCGAUCUCUCAGCAUUACCUACAUUCCUUGGCUUCAGCGGGCUCGCGAGCCCCGUCGUGCAGACUCUACAAAGCUGGCUACGUCAGCCAUCAUACUUCGCGGCCAUGCAAACUGCUGCGUGUCUUUCCCUUGGCAAUCUGGCACGGUCCGAUGAGUCGAGUGUUGCAUUUGUCCGGGACUAUCAGAUCCAUCUACCCCUAAUAUCACUCCUUUCCAACCCUUACAGAUCACCCACAGUCUCUCCGACGGUCGACUCUCCUCCUCCUGCUCAACUCCUGCACGCCAUCUUAUCUUUCCUCAAAAAUCUCGCCAUCCCCGCCUCCAACAAGCCGCUCUUGUCGCCUCUCUUCGACUCGAGCAUCCUCCCUCGCUACUGGCACCUGGACUCGCAGCCCCAGACCCAGUUCGCCGCCGUGUCUCUGACCCGUCUCCUCCUCGUCGGCUGUCCCGCCAACGUGAAGCGGCUGUGCGCGCCCCUGAGCGCAGACCCGAACUCGCCCGCCCACGACCGCAGCAGCCUGCACGUGCUGUCGGACCUCUUCGACCGCAUCGACGCCGAGCCCACCAAGAUGGAGAUUGCGCGCGCCAUCGCCGCCGCGUGCCGCGUGCUGCACUCGACGCCCGUGCUGCCCAUCCUGCCGGACGAGUGGCACGUCGCCGAGGGCCGCGGCGAGGGCUACGUCUUCCAGCCGCCCAAGGAGGGGGAGGGGGCCGGUGCCUCCGCCUCCGCCUCCGCCUCGGGCCCGCCGCCGACGUCGCCCGACGAGGACCUGGGCGUGCUGCUCUCGCCGGGCGUGGGCCGCCGCGCGCGCUUCUACGACGCCCACGCGGACAUCUCGCGCCCGCUCAGCUUCCUCGUGCGCCAGACGCGGUUCCCCGCGCUGCGGUCCGAGGCGUGGUUCGUGCUCGCGCUGAUGAGCCGCUCGCCCGAGGGCGCGCGCGUGGUCGUGCGCGCGAUGCAGCCGUUCGAGGCGUGCCGGGCGCUCAUCGAGGCCAUCACGGGCCGCGACAUGUUCGACGGGCACGAGCUGCUCGGCGCGUCGCCGCCGACGUCGGGCCCCGAGAUGGACAGCGAGUUCGCGGCGGGCAUGCAGCGGCUGCGGUCAGGGGCCAGCAGUAGUGGCGGCGUGGACAUGAACAAUGCCGUCGAGCAGCUCGGGCUGGAGCCGCAGCAGGUCGACCCGGCGAGGGCGGCCAACAUGGCCAAGGUGGACCGGGAAAACGGGCUGGUGCUGGUGGCGGAGGUGUUGAAGGACCAUGUGCUGGAUCUGACGCCGUUCAGGAGAAGCAUGUUUGAGGAGCUGCUCAGGACGGGCGGCGAGCUCGUCAUACACCAGAGAGCGGAGGAUAAGGAUAUAGCGGUGUCUUAG